CGAAGACGGAGGAUAGGCGGAAGCCACCCUUCGGUGGGCGGUGACGGGAGAAGACGACGGCGCCCAUUACGAAUGCAGAGCCCAGAACGAAGUCUCGGGCGGUCUCCUGCUUGCGGAUGACGUCACGCUCAGCGUUCUCUACAGACCGUCACGGGUCGAAAUAACGGGUCCGUCCGUCGCAACGGCUGGUCGGGAGUUCGUCCUCAAGUGUGUCACUUCAAAGGCCAAACCGGUCGCCUCCAUCACCUGGAUGGUUCAUGGAGUCAAGGUGGCCCCAGUAUCCUCUGUGGUCAGCGAGGCUGAUGGUGGAGGCUGGGUGACCUCUUCUGACCUCAAGUAUCACCUAGAAAGGUCAAUGAAGCUGUCGGAGAUCACGGUGCAGUGCCAAGCGAGGAAUGGUGUCAGCGAAGAGGCCGUCACUGAGACCAGGGUCAUCAGCAUCAUGAAGCCCCCCGGGCAUCCCUUACUGAAGAUAGAGGGCAUGGAAGACUUGGUGGCAGGAGGGCGACUGAUCGUCUUCUGCACCAGCGAGGGAGGCAACCCAAAUCCGGGUAUCACAAUUUACAAAGACCGAAGGAAACUGGUAUCCGAUGUCAUGCAAGAGGGAACCGUAUCCAAAGCGAGGGCGUCGUUUGCGGUCACUGCUUCGGACAACGGGGUCAAGGUGACCUGUGAGGUCAGCAACCCUGCCCUCAAAACGCCCCUCGUGACUUCCACCAAGAUAAGACUGAAAUUCGCGCCGGGGGAGGUCAGCGGAUGGGUGAGGCCGAGCGAGGUCGAGGCAGGUAGCACGGCGACCUUGGUGUGCGAGUCUUCGUCGAGUCUCCCGGAAUCGGCUCUUUCCUGGCGCUCAGGGCCCCUGACGCUGCAGGGGGCCACUUCGACGUAUACCCAGGGGCUCUACGGCGGCACAGUCACCAGGUCUGAGAUGAAGGUGAAGGCUCUCAUCGAGGACAAUGGCAGGACCUUCCAUUGCGAUGCCCAGAACGGCCUGGGAGUCGUUCUCUCCACAAACAUAUCACUGAAUGUGCUGCAUGGGCCAGUCUGGAUGUCGGUGCCGAGCGGAACCAUCGACGUCCAUGAAAAAGAGGACCUGUUGGUGACGGCUUCGGCCUCUGCAAAUCCUCCGCCAGUUAAGUACAGCUGGUGGCACGGUCCUCUGGAAUUGGAGGGCCAAGUGGAGCCUGUCGCUGGAGGUGGAGGAGGAGGAGGAGGAGGAGGAGGAGGAGGAGGAGAGGGCCAACUGGAAGGGCGCCUUGAGAUGAGAAGGGUCCAUCGCCAGGAGUCCGGAGAAUACUCUGUCACUGCCACAAGUCCCAGGGGAACCACCACCGCUUCCUUCGUCAUUAAUGUCCAGUACGGUCCUGAGAACAUCGUGACAUCCAAACGGGUGACGGUGGAUGAGGGUGGCUCAGCUUCCGUCCUCUGUACAGCAGUUGGCAAUCCUACACCGAACGUGACCUGGGUCAGACAGGAGGAUAACAGCAGCAACUCCGAGGUUCUCUCUUGGGGCAUCGGCGAAGCCAGACUCUCGAUCGAGGGGGCGACCAGAGCAGACACGGGAUUCUACCUCUGCCUUGCCUCCAACGUCGUCUCCAGGGCGGAGCCCGUUCGCGCGGCGGUCGUCGUGACUCAAACUCCAGAGGUUCCCGACGAAGUGGAAGAAGGCGCAGAAGAGUCCUACCUGAGUCCCUGGGCUCACUUGGGGGGGCGGAGGCCGCCUGGAGUGCAGCGUGAAAGCCGCCCUUCGCCCACUUUCAAGUGGACCAUCAACGAGGACCGAGUUUCUGCUAAAUGA